UAUAAGCUCACUCACUCACUCACUCACUGAUAUUUCGCUUUCUCUGUUACUCUGAGAAAACAGUCAAAAAAGAAAAAAAUUAAUCAACAGAUCCCUCUCUCACCAAACAUUCUCUUCUUUUCCCUUUCCAAACUUUCUUCAAUUUUUGUUUUUGGUUACUAUUUCACUAAUUUAAAGGGAAAAAACACUCCCCAAAAGCAAAAGAUUGUUUUUUUAAGUUUAAUUAUCAAUAUCUGUUUGUGGGUUUGCUUUACCUUAAAUUUUAUAUUAUUUUUUUUAGUUUUUAUUUGUGGGUUUAGUGAUUUCAAGCUCAUUUUGUUUGACUGUAGUGGCCUCUUCUAAAUCAUUGCUCAACUUUUCAAAAAGCUUUUCACUUUGGUUCUUGAGCUUAAUUACUUUAAGUAAUCACAUUCUUGAAUUUUUGGUGUUAGGGUUUAGAUUUUGUUGUGAGAAAAUGUGGGUAAGUGUGAGAUUAGAAUUUACAAAGUAAUGAGGGAUGAAAAAUGGGGUGUGUGUUUGGGAAACAAGUGAGUCCUAGAAAGGCAGUUACUUUAGCAUCAGAGGGAGAUGAUGUUAGUGAGAGAAGUAGAACAAAUGGAGAGAAACUUAGGGUUUCUAGGCUACAAGUUGAAAGCAGUGGUGGUGAGGUUAUUAGAAAUGGAGGGCAGAAUGGGAAAGAGAAUGAUGAAGUUGUAGAUGAAGAAGAAGAAGGGAAGGUUAGGGCUAGUAGGAAUGAGAGGAGAAGGUCUUCAAGACCAAAUCCUAGGUUAAGUAAUCCUCCGAAACAUGUGCACGGCGAACAGGUCGCGGCUGGUUGGCCUUCUUGGCUUUCUGCUGUUGCUGGUGAGGCUAUUAAUGGAUGGACUCCGCGGCGAGCUGAUACUUUCGAGAAGCUUGAUAAGAUUGGACAGGGUACAUAUAGUAAUGUGUACAAAGCUAGGGAUACUUUGACAGGGAAAAUUGUUGCACUCAAGAAGGUUAGGUUUGAUAAUUUGGAACCCGAGAGUGUAAGAUUCAUGGCUAGGGAGAUUUUGAUUUUGCGACGCUUAGAUCAUCCCAAUGUUGUCAAAUUGGAGGGUUUGGUGACUUCAAGGAUGUCCUGCAGUUUAUACCUUGUAUUUGAAUACAUGGAACAUGAUUUGGCUGGACUUGCAGCGAGCCCUAACGUCAAGUUUACAGAGCCUCAGGUCAAAUGUUAUGUGCACCAGCUAUUAUCUGGCCUUGAACACUGUCAUAGACGUCAUGUGUUGCAUCGUGAUAUUAAGGGGUCAAAUCUUCUCAUCGGCAAUGAUGGAGUCCUUAGAAUUGCUGAUUUUGGGUUGGCUUCUUUUUUUGAUCCUAGUCACAAGCAGCCCAUGACUAGCAGGGUGGUUACCUUAUGGUACCGGCCCCCAGAGCUGCUUCUUGGAGCCACUGAUUAUGGUGUGGGUGUGGACCUCUGGAGUGCUGGUUGCAUUCUUGCCGAGCUGUUGGCAGGGAAGCCUAUCAUGCCUGGUCGUACUGAGGUGGAACAACUACACAAGAUUUUUAAACUAUGUGGCUCACCUACUGAAGAGUAUUGGAAAAAGUCAAAGUUGCCACAUGCAACCAUUUUUAAGCCUCAACAGUCAUACAAGCGAUGUAUAGCGGAGACUUUUAAAGACUUCCCACCGUCAUCUCUACCACUGAUAGAAACACUUCUCGCGAUUGACCCAGCUGAACGUCAAACUGCCAGUGCUUCUCUGAGGAGUGAAUUUUUUUCUACUAAGCCUUAUGCUUGUGAGCCGUCCAGUCUUCCAAAAUACCCUCCAAGCAAGGAGAUGGAUGCUAAAUUGCGCGAUGAAGAAGCUAGAAGGCUGAGAGCUGCCGGCAAGGCUAAUGCCGAUGGUGUGAAGAAGUCACGUGCGCGUGAUCGAGCUGUAAGGGCUUUUCCUGCUCCAGAUGCCAAUGCUGAGCUUCAAGCCAAUAUUGAUAGGCGACGUUUAAUAACCCAUGCAAAUGCAAAAAGCAAAAGCGAGAAAUUUCCUCCGCCACACCAAGAUGGAAACCUUGGUUAUCCUCUGGGAUCUGAACAUCAAGAUGAACCAGCUUUUGAUCCUCAAUAUGUUUCCUUCAGUUCCACAAACUUUUCAAAUGCUAAAGCACAAAUUCAAACUUGGUCAGGCCCAUUGAUGGACCCAGCUGCAGUUGGUGCUCCGAGGAGAAAGAAGCAGAAAGAUAAAAUUUCUGUCCGGGGAAGAGUGUGAUUUUAUUCCUGCUCAUAUGUGAGACAGUUGAUGAGGUUUCAAAAGCUGCAACUCAAGCUUUUCUUGCAAUGCAUUGCAUUGCAUCCUGGGAAAGCCAGUGAAAUUUGACGAGAGGUAAAAAUAUAUUUAUAUUCAUUUUUCUGAUCAAUUGUUCUAUUAUUAUUGUUAAUUUUGAGAAGUUUCUCUAGGGCUAUACAUGUUCUUUGUUUUUCCUGUGGAAAACUGUAUUUAGGUAAGUGAAAAAUGUUAAUAAACAUGUAUUGGAUACCCAGAUUUUUGUUUCAGAUAUUGUUUAUGUGAGUUUUCAGCACAUGUUUGUUCAA